GAGGAGAAAAGCGCGGCGUGAGCGGCGGGCGCAGCGUGGCGGGCGCGGCGGGCGCGGAGCGGCGAUGCGCCUGACGCAGAGCAUGUGCACCAUCGCCGAGUGCGCGCCCGGCGGGGACGGCUGCCCCGCCGCACGGCCCCGCCUCGUCAAGAUCGCGGUGGUGGGGGGCAGCGGCGUGGGCAAGACAGCGCUCGUGGUGCGGUUCCUCACCCGGCGGUUCAUCGGCGACUACGAGCGGAACGCAGGUAAUCUCUACAGCAGGCACAUCCAGAUAGAUGGAGAGAUGGUGGCUAUUCAAGUGCAAGAUACUCCAGGAGUUCAGAUCCAUGAACACAGUCUGGAUUGUAAUGAGCAGCUGAACAGAUGCAUUCGCUGGGCAGAUGCCCUGGUGAUUGUCUUCUCCUUCACAGACUAUAAGAGCUAUGAACUACUCGGUCACCUUUACCAUCACAUUCGACAGUUGCAUCCAGGAAACACAGUCCCUGUUGUCAUUGUCGCAAACAAAGCUGAUCUCUUGCACAUCAAAGAGGUGGAGCCUCAGCAGGGACUUCAGCUGGCUAACAUGCUGGGCUGUACUUUCUAUGAAGUAUCUGUCAGUGAAAACUAUAACAAUGUCUUUAAUGCCUUCCAUCUCCUCUGUAAAGAAGUCAGUAAGCAGCAAACAACCAGCACCCCUGAGAGAAGAAGAACCUCUCUUAUUCCACGGCCAAAAUCACCCAACAUGCAGGAUCUGAAGAGAAGGUUUAAGCAAGCUUUGUCUGCCAAAGUGAGGACUGUCACUUCUGUUUGACAGCAGAGACGCUGGUCUUCCCAGCGCUUAGUCCGAGACUGAAACCUGGGGUUUUCAACACUGGCACAUCUAGAGUCCAAGGCAUUGUGAAAGAAGGAUGGUUCAGGUAGUCUUUUGCAAGGCUGUAGAAGUUUUCCAGCAGUUGCUUAAAAAAGAAACAGUGGCAGACUGGAAAAGAAAAAAACCCCAAAACUCUUGAAAUAGUUCUAGGAUGUGACUUGCAGAAUGAGUAUUUUCAAAUGGAAAAGGAACUUGUCAGUAAAUGAAACAAGCUUUCAGUUUGCUUUUUCUUCAGUCAGACAGAUUUGGCUUUCAUUUGUGCAGAAACAACCUUUUAGCUGAACUCAACUUGUACUUGAGCAGGGAAACACCCUGAACUGCAGUUCACUGUUCAGAAGUAACCACUUGAGUCUUGUUUUUCCAUGGAUGAAGGACAGCAUGAUGUAUCUGUUUAAUUUCAUUGCACAGCAGAACUGUUUAUUUCAAAACAAAUAAGCAAACAUGAAAUUGCUCUGUAAAAAUAAGUGUAAAAUAAGUGGAUGGGACUGGGCAUCAAGACUGUAAACAAUGGUCCUUUAUUUUUUUACUAGCUAUGGUAUUGCUGACAACUUGAUGAGAUUCUUUGUAUGCAAAACCAUUGUCCAGAGGCUGUAAACAUAUAUACUUACAAAUAACUUGUGGGUUUUAAUAGACUAAAAUGAUUCAACUUGAAGCUUUUGAGGAAUGAGUGUGGAGUUGGAGUCCAUUAUAGCUGUCAGUGUAAGACACUUCUCUCUCUCUCUCAUCUCUCCCUCCUGUGUGCAAUAGGCACAGAAGGAAUGUGGCUGUGACUCAGCUUGGUGUGAAGCACAUCUGGCUCCAGGCAAUGAAGCUGGUGGCAUGUUCUGAGCUGAGCCAGUCCCUCUUCAUCCUUAAACACGGGACAGAUUUAUAUACAUAUAUAUAUAAAAACUUUUUCUUUUUUACAUUGAGCCAAUGGAGUUCACAGCCUGAGGGCCUUAUACCCAUGCACUUUAAAAAGCCGGUUGUGCUUUUGUUUAAACUGUAACUUAUUUAUUUUGUGUACAGUUACUCCUCCCAGGGAGUGGACUUUUCAUUCUUACUGCCUGGUUCAAUAUUAAACUUUUGAAUUGCAUGUUUUCUUACGUGUUCUGUGCAGGUGAGAAGCAGUGGGCAAUAACCAGUGAAAUGUUGAGACAAAGCAAUAGCUUUCUCAAGGUAGUUAACAUACAUUGUAAGAAGGCCUUUCCUGCCUCUGUUGCUUUAUUAGCAUAAACCACAGGGGGAGAGCUCUCACAACUACUUUACAACUUCCUUUUACGAGAUCCUUUUAGGAGAGGAACUGAAUGAGGCAGAGAUUUCAAAUUAAAAUGGGAUUCUUCAUUUCCCCUUGUCAAAAAAACCCCACUCCAGUGAGAAAGGAAGGGUGUGAGGUAGGUCAAAAUCUGAAAGAACACUAAAUCUUUUAAGUGACUGCUACGUUCUCAAAAUUAAAAAAAAAACAACCAAAAAACAAUUUUAUGUAUUGAGCUAUAUCACAAUGAGAAACUUGAUCAAACUGCAAGUCUUCAAUUAUUUUAUUACUACAAGCCUUCCUGAGGAGGAUGUGUUGCUGGGACUAGGGUGGCUGCUGCACAUGGGCUCAUCUGCUUAGCGCACAGCUGUAAUACCUGGUGCAGGGAAACCCUGACAAGGUGCUGCUGCUGAUAAUCUUUCUGAGCAUAAGCUCCUAACCAAGUGGUUUAGGAUUAGACUUACAAAUAAAGCUGAGCUUGCUUUUCCCAUCUGAGCUUAUUAAAUCACCAAAUACUGCCCAGCUUAUUAAUACAGUACUAAAGCUGCUUGCCAAAGGUGGCUCUGUGUUUUCUCCUCUUCCUACCUUUUGAGUAUCACUUAGCGUCACAUGCAGAGGGCUUUGGCACUCCUUGCUAUGGUCCUGCACCUGCCCAAGCAAAGUGUCUUCUGUGCUGUUGCUACUCAUCUGACUGGCAGACCCCCUGGCCUUUUCCUGGAGCACAGACUAUGUGUUGCUGCUACAGCUAUUUCCUACAAAUAAGCAGCUAACUAUUACACUAGGGCCACUGGAAAGACUCUGCUCCAGUCUUGGUCGAGAAGAGGAGCAGGCUUUUGUGACCAUCUUCUUUAAUUUCUUCAGCUACUUGAGUACAAGAGCAUAGCUGAGUCCCCAGCAUCCACUGCCACAGCUGUGGCCCCACUGGCUGAAAAGAUUCCUGCAAAUUGGGUGUGUGAGGCUGGAAAACUAGUUUCUGCCUCAGUCAAAGGAAGUGCAAGAGCAGCAGUGUCUGAUUACACUUACACUCCCCCCUGCUUCUCACUAUCCACACAGUAUGUCCUUAGAUGGCCAAUUCAGAGAGCAUCUGAUGAAAGACAGAUAAGGGAGAGAAGACCACAACUGCCAGCCUCCAUCAUGUCCAGAAAGCAGCAGCAGCAUCUCAGAGGUGUGAGUAGCUGAACUCACUGACCAGCAAUGGCCACUGGAUGUAAGGGAGCCUUUCUGCUGCCAGCGGGGUGUGGAAAACCUUCUAGGACACCUCCCAGGGCAGAAGGUCUUGGUUCUCUGGGGCAAACAAAUAAUGCAAAAGAAAAAGGGGUUGCAGGAAUAUGCAGUCCUGGCAUCUGUAACCCUGCGUACCAGGAGAGGAGGAGAAGAUGGAUGAUGUUUGGCAUUGUAGGAGCAUUGCUUUACUGAUUACAGAAUUUACAAAACAUGUAUAUUCUAAGAUUGAACAGUACAGAAGACAGAAAAAGAGACUGGCUAUUUGCUUACAGUUGCUCCACUCAAACUGUUUCUUGAGCUUUUAACAUUGCAAUCUCAUAAUAAGUCUCAUUUUUUAUAGCACAAAGUUCCAUUCUAUAGCCAUUCUUAUAAAUUUCUCUUCCAUAGAGGUGACAUUGUCCAUGCUUUAUAAUCGGUCCAUUGUCUCCUUCCAGCCACCCAAAAGUGAAUUUAAAUCAAAAUGCACCCUUUUCUGAAGACCAUUAUAAACAUUUAAGAGAACUUACCCUAGCAAACGAACAAAGGUUAAAAAGCUACUUCCCAUUUAAUCUACUCCUUUGGCAUAAUAAAGAAUGCUCUGAUAGAGUGAA